AUGACCAGCCUCACAGUGACACCCACUGCUGAGCAGACACCACUGACAGUGCUUAUGCACCCCGACAUUGACGACAUUUCCGACUUCUUCCCCUUUGAAGACUUGGCCAGCUUGAGUCCGGGCCAAUCCUCGACCGACCCAGCAGCGCAGGAUGCAUUCUCGUUCCGCGGCCUCAUUGAAAGCGGCAUUGACGGAGACCAGGAGAUACUACUUCUUGCUUCCGGGUGCAGACUGCAGGAUGGCACGAAAGACUGCUAUGCUGCGUGCAAUGACACCAGUCUCUUCUUUGGUAGCCUCGAGACUUUUUACAACUGCGCAGCGCUCGCGUCCAUCUCAUACUGGACGCAGGAUUCUACGGUGUACUAUAUCAGUGAAGAGGCUGAGAAGAAUGCGAGCACGAUUUUGGGCAGUGGCACUCUGGCUGGCUUUGACGACAAGCCCGUACUCGACAAGUUCGUCGAUUGUGCCCAGGAGUCCUGUCGCAGUGAUGGCCUAUCUGUGCCGUGUGACGAGUCUCUCCUCGUGUUGACCAACGACUCAUCAGCCAAGGAAGUCUUUGACGCAAUGGGCACAUUCUGUCCAUCAAUCGAGGCUGAGAUCAACCCAGACAUCUUCGGACCCGGUGUGCUCAUCUCAUACGCUCUGCAGGUGUCGUUUGCGACUGUGCUCUACCUUGGCGUGAAGCUGUUCACUCUAUACGUGCGCCUCACACAAGCGCCAAAAAGACGAAUCCCACAGGCAUACACCUUGACACGCAUCCGAAGCAUGAUCUGGCCUGACCAGUCUGCCCUAUCCCGUACCAGCGUCGCCAUUGCCACGACACUUGUUGAGUUUCAGGAAGCGCAAUGCUGGUUUGUCUUUGCCGUGCAGAUCGCCUCCAUCCUGGCCAUUGUGGUGAAUUCCCAGGAAGGCAGCUUUUGGGGGGAAAUUCUGGUCAAUGCUGCCGUGGCCUUUCACGUCAGCCAGAAUGGCAUCCUUCCCAUGUUUCUGAUCCAGAUUUGCCUACACAACGAGGGCAUUAGAAACACGCACACGUUUGUUGGGUUUCUGAUCGAGUACAUUUUGGCCAUUGUGGCAGCGAGUCAGAAGGUACAUUUCAAGGAUGUUUUUGGCAUGUUCAGGGGCCAGGCGCAGAUGGAGGCCUGCGGCGGCAAUCCAAGUCCCAGGACCUACUGCGCCGCCAUCGGAACGGUGGACGGACUGCAGCUGAGUUUCUUCCCUCACCCUUUACUGUACAAGAUGGCAUUCCUUGUUCUCGACACGAUCGCCAUCAUCGUCCUUGUGGUCGAUCAGGUGGCGUGGACAUUGCGCACUUACCACCGCACGAAGAAUGCCAGCUUUGGACGAUUCAGACCCGGGCGAUUCCCAGAUACCAGCUGGAAGCCGAGAUGGAUCAACUUCAAGCGCUGGUUCUGGUGGGUGCUGGAGAUUGUCUACGUGGUCGUGAACAUACUGUACAUGGUGUCCCUCAUUCGCGUCAUCACCAUUGACAGCUUCGCCACAAAUCGGUGGUCAUAUGGGCAAAUUAUCGCCAUGACGGUCUGGGGGCCGGUCAUUGUAAAACUGUUUGACCUCAUCAUCUCUGGGCCUCAGAAGAAUGGCAUGAGUAUGAACUCUGGCCCACCUCGCCUACGUGUAGACAACACCAUCAACCUACGGCUUGGCGCUAACUCGAUGGACGAAGGUUUCUGGUCUCAGAGCACCCCUUUGUGCAGCAUCAGCCUUGCUUACUCAGACACGCGUAACAUUCCAAAAAUCGACUUCAUCCUGCAGGUGCUCAUGAUACCCCCGCCAACCAUCACCACGGCUUCCACAUCAUCGCUUCUGUCGGACUAUCUGGCGUUUUUGCUCAGCGACGACCACUUUGAGCUGAUCUAA